AUGCUGGGACAAGGUGCCGACCGCAUUCAUCUGCAACUAACCAUUGGUACCACAACCGGCCAGACAGCUAUUGCGCCGGGUUACCUGCUAAAAAAGUGGGAACAGGAUGGACGCUCUUAUUUCGAGUACCAGAUGGAUCAGCCGGCCGUCAAUUAUUUCUCCAUUCAAUCGGGCAGAUACCAGGUACUUAGAGAAUCGUUUCAACCGGAUAGUGCGCAACAACCGGUGCAGCUCAGCGUGUACUACCAUAAAGACCAUGCUUAUAAUAUUGGUCUGAUGAUGACGGGGAUGAAAGAUGCACUCUCCUACUUCGGCAGCAAUUUCAGCCCUUACCAAUAUCGCCAGUUGCGCAUUAUUGAAUUUCCAAGCUCUUCAUUUGCACAAAGCUUUGCCAAUACAAUUCCCUUCUCCGAAAACAUCGGUUUCCUGGCCGACUUAAGAGAUACGACUGCCAGCAAGCUGAGCCGCAGCCCUGUGGACUAUGUCUAUUAUGUAACGGCACAUGAGGUAGCGCAUCAAUGGUGGGCCCACCAGAUACUCCCCGCCAAUACCGAAGGCGCCAACUUUCUGUGUGAGACCAUGGCUCAGUACAGUGCUCUGAUGCUGAUGAAACAUAAAUACGGAGAACAACGCGUACGUCAGUUCCUGGAAAUGGAAUCCUAUAAUUACCUUUCCGGGCGUGGCAGCGAAUCGAAAGAAGAGCGGCCGCUGGCAAAUGUGCUCAUGGAGCAGCAGUAUAUAUUUUACAACAAAGGCGCCUGCGCUAUGUAUGCUUUGCAACAUUACCUUGGUGAAGAGCGUAUGAACCAGGUGAUCAAAGAAUAUAUCCGCGACAAUGCUUUCCGCGAGCGACCUUAUGUGACCGCCAAUGAUUUUGUCAGCCGUAUUAAAAAUGCAGCUCCCGACUCUAUGAAAUACCUGGGCAUGAAACCUGAGGAGAUUGAUGACAAUGCCGCACUUUUCGGUGAUGGUUUAGGGCUGGAUAGCAUUGACUCUCUGGAACUAAUGGUAUUACUGGAACCCGAAGGAAAGGCCAUCCAGGAUAUAUGGAACGGGCAGCCGCCACCGUUUAGUGCUACAAAACCAUUUACCGGUCAUACGCUUGCAGCUGCGGGGGCUAUUGAAGCCAUCUUCAGCAUCCUGGCCAUGCAACAUUCUUUUGUGCCUGCCAACCUGAAUUUUAGUACACCUAUGGAAGAACUGUCCAUCCGCCCGGCAGCGACUGUCAUCGAACAAAGGGAUAUGCAUCAUGUGGUCAGCAAUUCAUUUGGCUUUGGCGAACCGGAUUACCGCCCGUUUAUCAACCCGGUAGCUAUUCGCCGGAUGAGCCGUUUAAUGAAGAUGGCCAUUAGUGCUGCGGUACAAUGUAUCAACGAAGCGGAGCUAAUGGCUCCUGAUGCGAUCAUCACCGGCACCGGCCGCGGCAGCAUGACGGAUACGGAACAUUUCCUGAAUGAUAUGAUCCGGCUGGAAGAAGGGGCGAUGAACCCGACCUCCUUUAUUCAAUCAACGUAUAAUUCGCCGAACGGGUGGAUCGCCAUGCUGUUGAAGUGCACCGCUUAUAACCAAACCUAUGUUCAUCGCGGCAGCUCACUGGAACUCGCCCUGUUGGAUGCACAAUUGAUCCUGGCGGAAGGUGGUGAGGACACCCGGAAUGUACUGGCUGGCAGCUACGAUGAGCUUACAGAUGAUUACUUCCUGGUGAAGGGAAAGAUCAAUUACUGGAAAGACAUUAUCCCACCCAGCCUCGAAUUGCUGCAACAUACAGAUACGGCAG